GGAAAGCAGGACAUGAAGCAGCGACACAGGUGCAAGAAGUGGGCCAAAAAGUCUUUAGAGACAAGAAGGAAGGAGCUGUGGAGUUUGUUAUUUAAGAGCAGUGGAACAGAAGAACACAUUUCUUUCUGUUCAAUUUGGACUUGUCAGCACAUGUUUGAAUCCAACGCAGUGUGAGGAUGUUUCGUUCUACCUGAGCUUCCUUCCACACCUUUAUUCCUCAACGCUCUCUGUCGCCAUCCCAUCAUGAACCUGCUGUGUCGUGGACGUCUAAAGCUUUUAGUGGCGUCUCUAACAGCUGUUCUGCUGCUCACCUGGCUCUACCUGCUGUCUGGAAAUAUUGAAAAUGAUCACUCCAUUUUAAUUCCUCGCUGUAUGACGGACACACCUGUAUCUCCAGUCCUGGAACGAGCUGUCCUUGAGGCACGGGUUCGAGAAGUGGAGGAAGAAAACAGACGGAUCAAACUACAGCUUAGCCAAUCACAGACAGGUGAGGGAAACUCUGGCAACCAACAGUGGGGGGCCUCUGCUGACACAGGAUCGAAGGAUGGAUACAACACAGCAGAGGACAAGAACAACCACACGGACUGUGCAAGAUUGCCCACCGUUCAAAAGUGUGAGAUGAUACACAUCGCCUGUGUUUGUGCUGGACACAACGCCAGUAGAGAUGUGGUCACACUUGUCAAAUCUGUCCUCUUUCACAGGAGAAACCCCCUUCACUUCCAUUUUAUCACCGAUGCUGUGGCCAACCAAAUUCUGAGUUCUCUAUUUCAGUCAUGGAUGGUCCCUUCUUUGCAAGUUAGUUUCUACGAUGCAGAUAAACUCAAGUCGGAGGUGUCAUGGAUACCAAACAAGCAUUACUCAGGUAUAUACGGCCUGAUGAAGCUGACGCUAACCAAAGCCCUUCCACCUGACCUGUCGAAGAUCAUCGUUCUGGACACAGACAUUACCUUUGCUACAGAUAUUGCUGAACUCUGGGGUGUUUUCAGAAAGUUCACAGACAAACAGGUUAUUGGUCUGGUGGAGAACCAGAGUGAUUGGUACCUGGGAAACCUGUGGAAAAAUCACAAACCCUGGCCUGCACUUGGCCGAGGCUUCAACACAGGUGUCAUUCUCCUGUACUUGGAGAGAUUGCGGCGAAUCAAAUGGGAGCAGAUGUGGCGUCUGACAGCAGAGAAAGAGUUAAUGAACAUGCUCAGUACAUCGCUGGCUGAUCAAGACAUCUUCAAUGCUUUCAUAAAGCAGAACCCAGUCUUGGUCCAUCAGUUGCCCUGCUUCUGGAACGUUCAGCUGUCUGAUCACACACGAUCUGAACUCUGCUACACUGAUGUUUCUGACCUCAAGGUAAUCCACUGGAACUCUCCAAAGAAGCUCCGUGUGAAGAACAAGCAUGUGGAGUUUUUUAGGAACCUUUAUUUGACCUUCCUGGAGUAUGAUGGAAACUUGCUGCGACGAGAGCUGUUUGGCUGCUGGAGUCAGGCCUGCCUUGAGAGCAUACAACUGCAGAAAGCUCUGGAGGAGCUCGACGAGGAUGAUCAGUGUUAUGACUUCCGCCGUGAGCGAAUUACAAUUCAUAGAGUCCACCUGUACUUCCUGCAGUACGAAUAUACGCUCACUGAGAACGAUGUCACACUCGUGGCCCAACUCUCUAUGGACAGGCUGCAAAUGCUGGAGGCCAUUUGUAAGCACUGGGAAGGUCCCAUCAGCCUGGCGCUCUACAUGUCUGACGCAGAAGCUCAGCAGUUCCUACGCUACGCUCAAGCCUCUGAAAUCCUGAAGAACCGCAACAACGUGGGCUACCACAUUGUCUACAAGGAGGGCCAGUUCUAUCCCGUCAACCUGCUGAGGAAUGUGGCCCUUAAAAAUGCCAACACACCAUACGUUUUCCUGACGGAUGUGGACUUCUUGCCAAUGUACGGUCUCUAUGAGUACCUGAGAAAAAGUGUGGUGCAGUUGGACAUGGCUGGUACAAAGAAAGCUCUGGUGGUUCCAGCUUUUGAGACGUUGCGUUAUCGCUUGUCCUUCCCCAAAUCCAAAGCCGAGCUGCUCUCCAUGCUGGACAUGGGGACACUUUAUACCUUCAGGUAUCAUGUUUGGCCCAAAGGCCAUGCUCCUUCCAACUAUGCCAAAUGGAGAACAUCCACCACACCUUAUAAGGUGGACUGGGAGCCAGACUUUGAACCUUACGUUGUUGUCAAACGAGAUUGUCCGGAAUAUGAUCAGCGUUUCGUGGGCUUUGGCUGGAACAAGGUUUCCCACAUCAUCGAGCUGGAUGCACAGGAGUAUGACCUAAUGGUUCUUCCAAAUGCUUUCAUGAUCCACAUGCCCCACGCUCCGAGCUUUGACAUCUCCAAGUUCCGUUCUAGCACCAGCUACCGCAACUGCCUGAACACCCUCAAGGACGAGUUCCACCAGGACUUGUCCAGGAAAUAUGGCUCAGGUGCUCUCAAGUACCUUACUGCCCAGAGGAACAUCUAACAAGAUCCUUUUCAGAAGCAAGAAAGCUGAACAUUCAAGGAUCUCAGACUGGCACACAUGAUGGUAAAGCUUUGCAGCACCUUUCAAACGUUCCUGUGCUCGUUGGUUUUACCUAAAUGAGACGAGACAAGAUGGAACGUUGCUUCUCCUAUGGCACUGAUGGAACUCGCGUGUCUAAAACAUUGUAAUGAUUUGUUUUAGCAAUCAGGGAUGUUUCUAAACACGAUCCAGUCCGCACUUCAGAGGGGUUAGGUUCAUUUCAAUCAAAAAGGGAACAACAAAAUGGUCAGUCCAACUUUUUCAUGCGUUCUCACUUUUAAUUGUAUUACUAGGCUCAAUUACAGUAAAUACUUAUAUAUAUAUAUUUGCAGU